AUGAAAAAUCAGAUAUAUAUUCUUUGGGAGUUCUAUUAAUCAUAUAGUUUCUUUUUGUAAAGUAUCCAUUUGAUGGAAAAAGUGAUUAUCUAGUAUUUUAGUAAGCAUUAGAGGGAGAUGGAUGGCUAGACAAUGAAUAGUUUAGAAAUCUCAUUAGAUUAAGAUAGACCAAGUCUAAUUGAAAUAAUGGAGGAUUAAUUAUUGGGUGAGAAUUUUGAUUGGAAUAUUCAAUAAGUUAUAAAUAUUAUCUUUAAUAAGAUUAUUAUACAAUAUUUAAUGGAUUAAGUGAAAUUGACAAAUUUACAUUUGAUUUUGCUUUAGAAUUUAAUAAUGCUGAAAAGUUAGAAGAUAAAAUUUGUGUGAAAUAUGAAGUGAAUAGAGUGAUAGAAAAAUAUAAAAAAAUAAUAUAAGAUGAAAAUUAUAAAAAGAGAUUUAAUUAUAUGAAAUAAAUUAUAGAAUAGAAUUUGCAAAACAGAAAAGAUGAUGAUGAAGAACCUUAAUAAUUCGGAUGA